GAAGCUCUAGUCUCCUCUAAGCAAUGACCUCCCAUGCUUGUUCCGAAUAUAUUAUGUCUUAUUCACAGUAGCUCCUUAAGUUUGCCAUCGUCAUAAUACCAACAACCAGGUCUGUGAAGAAAAGGCUGGAGGGCAGGAGCUGCUUGGGGGCCCCUUAGAAGACUCGGAAGUUUCAUCUGGUCCGUCGCCCAGUUACACCUUGUAUAGAGUCCAAAGUCCAAGGGAAAUUUAUCAAGGAAUAUUGCAGCGGAAGGUCUGUCAUGUCCUCAUCUGACAGCCCAAGAAGUCUGCGUCGGAUGCGAUAGUUUGAACGUGCCCUAGGCUGACCGUUUUCCCCAAACCAGAUUCACCGUUUAAUUCCGAGUCAUCGAGUUCCAUUAACUCUUCAUCAUACAAUUUAAUUUGACAUCUGCCAAAGGUACCAGUGAAGCCAGAGCGCCGUAAUUGCACUACAGAGGAGUUACAGAGGCGACCAUCGAGGAGCAACUUCUUUUGAUCAAUACCAAUAAAUGACAAUGUCCUCGACAACGGAAAGGUCUCCCGACGAUUUCAGUGCAGACCCUUAUCUCAAGUCCCUGGUUGAUAACGAUCCAAAGUCGUACUCCGACGGUAACCCACUGCCAAAGUCCACCCCCGCCGAUCCUCAGAGUCAUCAAACCGCCAAUCAUGGAAUAUUCAUUGUAGUCAUGGGGGUAUCUGGGACUGGCAAGUCCACUCUGGGUGCAGCUCUUUCCGAAGCAUUACACGUACCGUUCAUCGAUGGCGAUGACCUGCAUCCAAAAUCGAAUGUGGAAAAGAUGUCGAGGGGUGAGCCGCUGACGGACGAGGACCGCGCGCCUUGGCUAGAAAUCAUCCGUACGACGGCGCACAAGAAAGUACAGACUCAAAGGGGUGAAGAUCCAGGAGAAAUACCAGAGCCUGAAUCAAAGCCAGAGACGGAGCAUGCACUCGAAAAGCACGAGGCCAAAGUGGCGGCGUCGAGCACCCAGACGGAAGCGAGGUCAAUCAAUCGACCUGGUAUCAUCAUCGCCUGCUCUGCGCUGAAGAAAACCUACCGUGCUCUCCUGCGAGGACAUGAGAAAUCUGGAACAGUCCCUUCGCAUUUCGUUUCGCCACACUCAGAAGACCUACCAACGUAUUUUGUGUUCAUGAAAGGUGGGAAAGACGUACUCAUGGACCGCAUGGAACAUCGCAAAGGACACUUCAUGAAGGCUAAGAUGCUAGAGAGCCAGCUAGAGACGCUAGAGAGUCCUGAGGAUGAAGAGGGAGUCGUAACGGUCCCAAUCGAGAUGACGUUAGAAGAACAGGUAAAAGAAAUCAAAGAUGGUCUAGAGAAGUUUAUUGGAGAGUCGCUGUAGAAUGCAAGGACGGAGAAAGUAGAUGAAUUCAGUGGUUUUUAUUGCUACGGGCCACGAAAAUAUGAGUCCACAUGUACAAUCCUGCCUAGAAGGCUAUGUUACUUGUUUUGAUUGUAGAACGGCUGCGAAUAUGACCAAGCGGCUUUUUUCUGGAUUGUUAAUGUCGAUGCAGUUGCUUACUA